UCCUGAUUCGCUUUUGUGCUGCCAGGGAAUUAUUUGCUGAGUCUGAGGCAAUGUCGAUGUCGGCGAUCACUUGUCAUAUUAUCAGCUGAUCCCGAUUGCGUGUGGCGGUGUCACAUAACACAAACGUUACAAAUGAGGCGAAGUUCACGAUGAAGGACGGGCGUCAUAUUACCUUUUUACGAGACGAUGAAUAAUCGGAGGUUGUGCAAUAUCAUCUCACAGUAGAGGCGCUUCGCGUUCUUUCGGUCGCAUCUCGUCGUCAACGCCAGGUGCAUCACUAUGGCUUGGCUCGGCACGAUCGCGAACAAUGUUCUGCGGAACAUCGUCUUCUCGGACGCGCCGCCGAACGUGGUCCAGGAGGUCCGACCGGACCAGUACAGCAAUCGGCACAUACACUCUCGCGAGGACGGCAUCGUCCUUUACGGAUCGGGUGGUAAGAAUCAAGAGAAAUACGAGAUCGUCCUGCACAGGCCGUGCGCGGAGACCCUGCAUCAGGCAUAUAGUCUGUUUCGAUCAGAAACUCGUGAAGAAGCUGAGGCGCGAUUUUUAAUAUAUAAAGACAAAGUUCCUGUACUUGUGCAGAUAGCACGCGAGAUGUGCAAUGUUGGAAAGAUUCAAAAACUAUGUGACACUUUGAUGGAACAUCCAACAUGGACUCUGGCGCAUCUAGCGGCCUAUUUCGCCCUUCAUGAUGCAUUCAUGCAUGCAAUCGUCAACAGUCAGCUCAACAGUGGCGACUUGGAGACCGGCAUCUCGCCGUUACAAGUAGCCGUGCAGACCAACAAUUUGCGUACUGUUGAGAUGUUGAUAGCGGCGAAGAGCUCGCUGGAGCAUCUGGAUCACAAUGCGAACACCGUCUAUCAUUAUGCAGCUACAUCUACCAAGGAGAUCAUCCUUGCUUUGGGCUCGGGUCUUCCAAAUAGUCUGAACAGUCGUAAUAGCAACGGUCACACGCCCAUCCACGUCGCAUGCCAGAACGACAAGCCCGAAUGCGUGAAAGCACUCCUGCUGAUUGGUGCCGACGUGAAUAUACCCGCUUCCGAGGGUCAACCUUCUAGUCCCGGCUAUGUCGGUGAUUUCCUGCACAAUAAACCGAACGUACUCCACGCGGAGGACAUGAAGUUCGGCGGUACGCCAUUGCACUGGUCACGUAGCCGCGAGGUGAUCACGGCAUUGAUCGAAACAAACUGCGAUAUCGACGCGCUCAACUUCGACGGACGUACCGCGUUGCACGUGAUGGUGAUGCGCAAACGACUGCCCUGCGUGGUCGCUCUAUUGAGUCAUAUGGCAUCCGUCAACAUCGUUGAUAACGACGGCAACACUCCGUUGCACCUCGCGGUUCAGGCGGAGACUCCAGCCAUUGUGCAGGCACUCAUUGGCUUCGGCGCCGACAUCGACGCGCGCAAUUGGAAGGCAGAAACGCCUAGGCACAAAGCGAAUGUCGACACCACGGAAAGCAAUAAAAUAAUCUAUAUGUUAAACGCAGUGGGCGCGCAGAGAUGUCCGCCAGAGAUGACGGGCUGUCACCUCGGUUGCAAACACGGCGAGAAUUACACCGGUAUCGCGCCGUCGGAACCGCCAUACUACGUGCCGCGCACGAUCCUCGAUCAGAUGCUUCACGUCUCUGGUAUGGAAAAGAUGGCCGAACACGGGAAUCGUAAACGGAUCAAGGGCGGUAGAUUGCUUUGUCUCGAUGGCGGCGGUAUUCGAGGACUGGUGCUCAUACAGACUCUGCUGGAAAUCGAAUCGGUGUUGCGUAAACCUGUGGUGCAUUGUUUCGACUGGAUCGUCGGCACGUCCACCGGUGGCAUUUUGGCGCUUGGUCUCGCCGCUGGUAAGUCCCUGCGAGAAUGCCAAGCGCUCUAUUUUCGUAUCAAAGAGGACGCUUUCGUGGGCUCACGGCCGUAUAACAGCGAGGGUUUAGAAAAAGUGUUGAAGGAAUGUCUUGGCGCUAAUACCGUCAUGGCCGACAUCGAAAGACCGAAAAUAAUGAUCACAGGUGUGCUCGCCGAUCGAAAACCCGUAGAUCUGCAUUUAUUUCGCAACUACGAAUCGCCCAGUAGUCUCCUCAAGCUACCAGAGAACCCGAUGUUCAAACCGACAUUGCUGCCGCGAGAGCAAUUGCUCUGGAAAGCAGCAAGGGCGACCGGAGCGGCGCCAUCGUACUUUCGAGCAUUUGGCCGUUUUCUAGACGGUGGACUGAUCGCCAAUAAUCCCACUCUAGACGCCAUGACGGAAAUCCAUGAAUACAAUCUGGCGCUAAAGGCUACCGGUCGCGAGAAAGAAGCGAUACCGUUGUCGCUGGUAGUCUCUCUCGGUACGGGAAUAAUACCGACCACAUUCAACCUGAACGAGAUCGAUGUAUUUCGACCGGACAGCCUGUGGGGCACCGCCAAGCUCGCGUUUGGUAUCUCGGCGCUAGGUACGCUGCUAGUCGAUCAGGCAACAGCCAGCGACGGUCGCGUGGUCGAUCGUGCUCGCACCUGGUGUUCCAUGAUUGGUGUGCCAUAUUAUAGAUUCAAUCCGCAGCUAUCGACGGAGGUCGCCAUGGACGAGAAGAGCGACGAGAUAUUGGCAAACAUGAUCUGGACCGCGAAAGCAUUCAUGCAUGCGAAUCGAGAUCAGGUGCAGGAACUGGCAGCUAUCAUCGGACGCGAUUCCAGUUCGGAAAACGAUUAGGGAGUUGAAUUAUUGUUGAAUUAGGAUGAGGAAGAAAGUACCUGGUUGCAGAAUCAUAUCGUGCGCACAUACAUAUGUUUACACAUUCGUUAUGAUAUCGACGAUUUAUCGCUGGCUCGGUUAAUGAUUAUCUGAUAAUUAACCUAGCAAUUAUCUCGUUACGUAGCAUGUAUUAUAGCUACUACUUCAUUUCUAUUUGCUACUGAUAACGGUCUCGACAAAUGUGAUAUUAGAUUGCCUUUUUUCGCAACUCAUAAGCAGCAUAAUUUAUGAAACUUGCAUAUCUUGUCUUUGUUUUUGUUCUAUUUUUUUAUAAUUCUCGCCAAGAAAUUAAAUUAUUUUCUUAGUCAUUUAUAUAUUUCAUGAGAUAAUGUGCACAGGUAUAAUAUAUAUCAUAAUAUAUAUUUAUUUUUUAUUUAAUUUAUAAAUUUAUUUAUAAAAAUUCUGUGUUUAAAAUAUUUUCUAUUAUUCUUUUGCAAAUAGAAUCUCAAAGGAUUCAAACGUCGCACACAUUGAUCUAUAAAUCAACAAUACUUAGCUAAUAGAUCUAUUUUAUUUGUAUUGUCACAGAAUUUACAGAGAAGAAUAAAUAAAAAAAAAGUUGCAAAGCGACCGAAUAAUACAUCUUGCUUUGUAGAAUAAAAUUUAUCAAUUUAAUGUCAUUAAAUACUUUACAGAGUUUUAUUAAACCCAUAAUAUAUGAUUGAAAUCUCGAUGAAUCGCUAAUAUAACAAUUGUCUACGCUCGAAGUUUAUCAAACACACACACGCACACAUACGCCGUUGUAAAAUCCUCACGCAUCAAGAUUUAAAUGAAUAAGGUCGGAAGCACAUACUUCUGCAUAAUGUAUAAUGCAUAAAGCAUAAAAAAAUGAAGCAUAAAAAAAUGAACUAUGAUUACUUAUCAUAGUUCUCCGUUUUCUUAACCAUAAUGAAAAUGAAAGACUCUGAAUAGUUGAUUUUCCUCUGCAUUAUUCGUUAUGACUUAUGCAAAAGUGUGUGCUGCGGCCCUAAUUCACGGUCAAAGGGAGAGAAUAACGUCAUCUUAGUUCUAUUCAUCAGAAAGAUUGUUUCUAAUAUAUGGCAAAUAGUUUUCUAUUCAAUUGAUAAUUGUUUACAAUUUUAUUUUAUUUAAAGGCAUUGUGUAUAAAGUCUCGUACUAAAUAUAUUUUAUCAAUAAAACAUU